AUGCGAGCCGUGCCACUGCUGCCGCUGCUGUGCUUCGCCUGGGCGCCGCCGCGCCGCCGCUGCGUCGUCGCGCCGGCGCGCCGCGGCGCCGUCAUGCUGGGCGCGGCGCCGCCCGCGGCGACGCCGCCCGAGCGCCGCGGCGUCGUCGCGCGGCUGCGCGUCGCCGGCCUGUUCCUGCGCUACUACGCGAGCCCCGUCGCGCUCGCGGCGCUGAGCGUCGCGCUGGCGCCGCGGGCCCGCGCGGCGCGGCGCGGCGCGGGCGCGGCGCCGCGCGACGCGGCGCUCGCGCUCUGGCGCGGGUCCAAGGGCGGCGGCGGCAAGGUCGAGGCGCGCUGCGCCUACUUCCUCGACGCCCUGGGCCCCUGGCGCCGCGUGCGGACGUUCCGGAGUCUGGCCUUCGACCGCGCGCAGCGCGAGCCCGGCGCGGCGCCCUACUCCUACGCGGCCUUCCACGUCGCCUGCGCGGCCUGCCUCGCGGCGCCGGAGGCUACGCGCGAGGUGCCCGCGGCGGCGGCCGCCGACGCGUUCCGCGACGCGACGCCCGUCAUGUGCGCGGCGCUCCAAGACGCGCCCGGGAACAUGGCCGGCGAGGGCAAGCUGCUGAACAUCUACCACACGUUGCAGCGCGCGCUGGAUCUGGACGUCGCCGGCGACGUCGUCGAGCUCGGCUGCCACGCGGGCACGACGGCGUCGAUGCUCGCCUGCGUGCUGCGGCGCCGCGCGCCGGGGAAGCGGCUCCACCUCUACGACUCCUUCGAGGGGCUCCCCGCGGGCGACGCCGGCAGCGGCGACCCGCCGGCCUACGGCGCGCGCCGCGGGUCCAUGCGGGCGUCCGUGGCGGCGGUCGCGGAGAACUUCGCGCGCGCGGGGCUGCCGCCGCCGGGCGACGUCCACGUCGGCUGGUUCUCCGAGACGACGACGAGCGACGCGUCGGGCGAGAACCCGCGCGAGAUCGCGUUCGCGCACCUCGACGGCGACCUCUACGGGUCCAUCCUCGAGUCGCUCGCCUUCGUCUACCCGCGGCUCGCGCGCGGCGCGCUCGUCGUCGUCGACGACUACUGCGACCCGGCGAUCCUCCACCGCCACGACAUCUUCCCGGGCGCGUACCGCGCGUGCGCGGACUUCUUCGCGGACAAGCCCGAGUCCAUGGUCGUGUUGCCGGCGCCCCACCCGGGCUACGCCUUCCCGAUGCAGUACGAGUGCCACGCGCCGUCGCGCAACGACUGCGACGAUGAGAAUUUCUCGCGCUACGUCGUGCUGGCCUGCGCGCGCUGCGGCUCGACGUGGCUCGACCAGCUCAUCGCGUCGCACCCCUGCGCCAUCAGCCAGCACGAGAAUCUGGCGAUCAAGGACAACGCCGUCGUCGGCGCCGGCGCGUCCCCGGACGAGUGGCGCGCCGCGCAGGACGCGGCCUUCGCGAAGAUCGAGGCCGAGGCGCGCGCCAUCCGGCACAAGCGGCAGGCGUUCGCCGGCUGCGACCGCGUCUUCGUCGGCGGCAAAUUGCCCUACGAGAAGCUCUACGCCAUCCCCGACUGCUCGGGCCGGGACAAACCCUGCUUCUGGGACACGCGCGAAAACGGCGCCGUCGCGCGCAUGCUGUCGCCGGCCGCGUCGCCGGCCGCGGCGCCCGCGAAGCUCGUGCUCCUUUUAAGGUCCAACUACUUCGACCGCUACCUCUCGCACAUCAUUGAAAAGGGCGCCUUCGGCGCGCGCCACGGCUGCCGGGUCGGCGACGCGGCGCCGUGUUUAAAACAAAACUCGACGACGCUCGCCGCGUCGACGCGCCGCGAGAAGCUCGCGCUCGUCGCGGCGGUCCGCCGGUUCCAGCGGGCCUACGAGGACCUGCGGGCGACGAUCUUCGCCGCGGCCGAAAAGACGAAGACGCACCUCGCCUUCGUGACCUACGAGGACAUGCUCCGCGACGAGAAAAUCGUCGAGCGGCAACUCCUGCCGUUCCUCGGCCUCCCGCCGGCGCCCCUCUACUCGCCCACGCUGAAGCGGAGCGGCGAGCUCGCGAAGCGCGACAUGAUCGACAACUACGACGACGUGCGCGGCGCGCUCGAGCUCGGCGGGAUGAAGGACCUCGACCUCCUCGCCGACGAGGCCGCGCGGGACGUCGAGCCGCGCGUCGAGGCCCAGGACUUUUGCCUCGACGGCGGGCGCCGGCUCCUCGCGGCGUACGAGCGCGACCACUGGAGCGCCGGCAACGGCGGCGACGAGGAGAUCGGCUGGCCGCCGCUGCUCCUCGCCGGCAUCGAGCACUGCGGCGCGGCGGCCGUCGCGCGCGAGGCGACGCGGGGCGGCGGGGGCGCCGAGGGGUGCCAUCGCGAGACGAUGGAGUGGAUCGAGAUGAACGUCGCGGCGAUGUACCACAACAUGGCCGUGUCGGCCUUUUACGCGCUCGAGCUCGAGCACGAAAACCGCCACGCGGGCGCGACGGACGUGCCGCCCCUCGCCGCCGAGCGGGAGGAGAUCGACGAGGUGGCGCAGUACGUGGCGAGCGCCGACGCGUUCUUCGACGUCGCGGGUACGUGCGACGAGCGGAACCGCGACGUCAUCGCGGCGAACCGGGAGCGGCACGAGGCGCUGCGGCCGCGCGUCGCGAACCUCGCGGUCGAGAUCCGCGACGAGCUCGCCGCGGAGCGGACGCGCCUGACGACGCCCGAGGGGCACGCGGAGAUCCAGGGCGAGUGCCCCUGGCAGAUCUACGCCAUCGCCGAGGCGGCCGAGGAGAAGCUCUACCCGGACGUGCGAUCGCACGUGCCCCUCCGCACGCUGGAGGACAACCUCGAGUCGCUCUUCCCCCACCACAAGCACCGGAAGCGCGGCGCGACGUAA